CUUCCUCGUUGCUUCACACAGACCUUGCCGCAACUGCAAUUAUCUUUUCAUUUCUCUUCAUUUUCCUCCCAAAUGGCCCUUUCUUGUUCUAAAGUUUUGACCUUUUCUCUCUCAAAUGUUGUGGGUGGUGAUGAUGCUAAGAAGAAGCUAUCCCUUUGUUCUUCUUCUUCUUUGAGUGUUUCUGUUAACGGUGGUGGGAGCAGGAACAUGAGAGUGUGUGCUGCUGCUUCAAACGCACCAGCACCACUCACUGGGGUGAUAUUUGAACCCUUUCAGGAGCUGAAGAAGGAUUAUCUUGCUGUCCCAAUUGCACCAAAUGUCUCCUUGUCUCGCCAAAACUAUUCAGAUGAGGCUGAAGCUGCAAUCAACGAACAGAUCAAUGUGGAAUACAAUGUUUCCUAUGUGUAUCAUUCCUUGUUUGCCUACUUCGACAGAGAUAACAUAGCUCUCAAGGGACUUGCCAAGUUCUUCAAGGAAUCAAGUGAAGAAGAAAGAGAGCAUGCUGAAAAGCUUAUAAAGUAUCAGAACAUUCGUGGUGGACGAGUGGUGCUGCAUCCCAUUACAAGUCCUCCCUCAGAAUUUGAGCAUCCAGAAAAAGGGGAUGCCUUGUAUGCAAUGGAGCUAGCUUUGUCUUUGGAGAAGUUGACAAAUGAGAAACUCCUAUAUGUUCAUAGUGUGGCAGAUCGUAACAAUGAUGCUCAAUUGGCAGACUUCAUUGAGAGUGAGUUUCUGAAUGAGCAGGUUGAAUCAAUUAAGAAGAUUGCAGAAUAUGUGACUCAACUGAGAUUAGUUGGAAAGGGUCAUGGGGUUUGGCACUUUGAUCAGAGGCUUCUUCAUGAUUGAGAUGGUGUAUAAUCUUGGAAGGCUUGUUUUCUGCAUUUGGUCGUAUGUGAAGCUUAUGUGGUGUUCUAUGUUUGUAGGGUAGGGAAUAAGUGUGUGUUUCUUGUAGGUAGUAGCGAUAUGGGAUCUUUGUGUAUUAUAUAGUUGGGGGUAGUGUCAAUCUCAAAUGUUUGUAGCGUGUGCACUUGUUUUGCUAGAAAUAAAACUGACGUUCAUGCUUUCUGGUGGAA